AUGGCCCCCGCAGUGUAUUGGACGCCGACGAUGCGCACACGGCCCAGUGCGCCGGUCGAUGCGAAGCAGUCUUUGGAAGAGAUGGCACCUAUCCCUACGCCACCUUCGGUGCGGGAUGUGACACCAUCCCUGUGCUUGUCUUUGGUCGAGUUUAAAGACAUGCUCCGACAGUUCCGCGCUGUCGACGACAGUGUGACGCUACGUCUCAACCGAGCAUUUGCUCAUUCUCGUGAUCGCGGCACAUCUUUGCCGCCGUCGCUACUCAUGCAGCAUGAUAAAUCGUAUUCGUCAUCGACAGCGACGGACCUUGGUCGCUCCACGUACUCAUCGGUAUCCGAGACGAUGUGUGCGUCCAUCUGGCUCGACCUGGUGGAUCUGUGGACACGCAGGGAAGAUACCAUUAAGUACUGCAUGGAAAUCAAUGCGCAACAAGCGCAGCAGGCCCAGGCAGCCCAGGCCCCCAUAAAUAAGGAGGACUUGCUCGAUCUCGAUCGCGCACAAGCACGAGAGCGGAGCGCACCUAUUGAGAUUUCUCGCAGCCGGGGAGAAAGCACAGCAGAAUUUAUGGCGCGCCAGCUUCGCAACGAACUCAUGGUUGAGUCGAUUGUGCGACGGCGCUCGUUGGAAGGUACGGGUCGAUCUUAA